UCUUAUCAAAUAAAUUUGGAGCUAGUUUUUCCUAUAGUUUCUUUUUUAUGAGCCGGCCCUGGCACUUGCUGCUGGUUGUGGCAAUUGGAUUUGCCUCUGCGAUUGGAUGCUUUGUGGCUGGCGUUUACUUUCAACAUAACCAUGCGACUCGACUGCUCCAACAGCUCGUGCAGCAGGAUCCAUAUGCCUACUAUAUCAGCCCAAAGAUCUUCGGUGUGUUCUGCUUCUUCAGCUCGGCGACUGAGCCCACACACCGCGUGCAACGUAUCAUGAAGUACGGUUUUCCGGGCCUGGAUGAUGUCCGGCUAUAUAGCGACUUUGUGCUAUCCUACGAUCGUCGCAAUCGCGUGGCACAUUGGGUAUGCGAGCACUUGCAGAAGUCGAAUCUACAGGGUACGCGGCACGUUAUCCGCGCUCGCGCCGCCUAUCGGCCAGAUCUGAGUGUGCCCUCGACUUUUCGAUCGACGCUCGCCGACUAUAGACACUCUGGCUUUGAUCGUGGUCAUCUGGCAGCUGCUGGAAAUCAUCAUGGCCGGCAAAUAGAUUGCAACGAAACCUUCUUGCUGACCAACAUAGCGCCGCAGAUAGGCCAGGGCUUCAAUAGCGGUGCCUGGAACAAACUGGAGAUCUAUGUGAGGGAACUAGCCCAACAUUUUGGUUCAGUAUAUGUGUGUACGGGCCCUCUGUUCAAGCCCCGACCACAGGGCAAUGACAAAUGGAGUGUGCAAUACCAGAUGAUCGGCUCCAGUAUGGUGGCGGUACCCACUCACUUUUUCAAGGUGAUCAUGGUGGAGUCCAAACUGCCGUUGGGCAAGCCCUAUAUGGAGGCUUAUGUGCUUCCAAAUACACCCAUACCAGAGGAACUAACAAUCCGCGAGUUUCUCUGCGAUAUACGGGAGAUCGAGCAUCUUGCAGGACUUAAUUUCUUUCAGGGCAUACGUAGAAGCGCAAUAUUCGGCAGCAACUAUCCAAGCCAGUCGCAAGUGUUCCGAGAUUUUGCAUAAUUGGCUGGCUCUAUCUCGAGGAUUAAAAACAUAAAUUAAGUUCCAGUAACAGAAGUUUGCUAUCAUUUGUCAAUAAAGCUAAUUUACUGUG